CCGCCGCGGGUGUGGGCGCGCCGGGGAGCCCCGCACGGCGGCCCGCAGCCGGGGGCGGCGGGCGGUACCGCCUCGCCGGCCGGGGGGCGCCCGGUCCUGCUCGCCCCGCACCGCGGCCCGCCGCCGCCGCCGAGAGAUGGCGGAUUCCUAUACCUGUAAAGGUGGAAGGAAAACUGCAGGCUCUAACAAACCCGCUGCCAGCAAAGAAAGCAGGAUGGAGACAAGGAUAAACACGCCAGCAGAGCUGCCCAAGCUCGGAAAUGCAACCAGUGACAAAACCGAAGGCAGGAAGAAAGGGCGACCGAAGGCUGAGAACCAGGCUCUGAAAGACAUCCCCCUCCCCCUGAUGAACCAGUGGAAGGAUGAAUUCAAAGCCCACUCGAGGGUGAAAUGUCCCAAUUCAGGCUGCUGGCUGGAGUUCCCCAGCAUUUAUGGCUUGAAGUACCACUACCAGCGCUGCCAAGGGGGUGCGAUCUCAGAGAAGCUGACGUAUUCGUGCUCUUACUGUGAAGCUGCCUUCACCUCCAAAACCCAGCUAGAAAAGCAUCGGCUCUGGAAUCACUUGGACCGGCCAGUGCCAACCAGCAAAGCAGAAAACAAAGUGCCGAAGGCCAUUGGGAAGAGCAGUGGCAAGAAAAGAGCUGCUGAGAGUUCAGCUUGCCCCACCAUCCAUCCCAAACAGGCAAAGACGGAAAAAGCCGUGGCCCAGGACCAUGCCGAGAAUGGCGAGUGCCUGGUGGAGAGCCGGGAGAGCAAGGAGUUUCAGAUCGCAGCAGCUGAGGCAAUGGCAGCCGCCACCCCCACGGCGAAGUCCUCGAGCGGCAAGGAUGCCAUGCAGCAGGGGGGCAGCCAGGCCUCGGUGCAGGAGGAAGACCCCGAGAGGAUGAAGCACAGAAGGAAACAGAAAACUCCUAAGAAAUUUACGGGGGAGCAGCCGUCCAUCUCGGGGACAUUUGGACUGAAAGGUCUCGUCAAAGCAGAGGACAAGGCGAAAGCUCAUCGAGCUAAGAAGCUGGAGGGGAACACCAACACAGAGGAGCUGAAAAAGAAACCUCCAGGAGCUGGUGUGAAGAAGGAAAUGGCUGUGCAUCUACCAGCAGCAAACCCUGAGGACCAGUGGCAGCGGGAGAUCAGCGAGAAGGGAGAAGUCGCCUGUCCAACCUGCAGCGUUAUAACCAGGAAAACUAUUGUGGGGCUCAAAAAGCACAUGGAUGUCUGCCAGAAACUGCAGGAUGCCUUGAAGUGUCAGCACUGCAAAAAGCAGUUCAAGUCCAAAGCUGGGCUGAAUUACCACACCAUGGCUGAACACGUCAGCAAGCCUGUUCCUGUGGAAACCACUGGACUUGGUGAACAGGAGGAGCGGGAAAGGCUGAGGAAAGUGCUAAAGCAGAUGGGAAAACUGAAAUGCCCCAAUGAGGGCUGCGUAGCCAACUUCUCCAGCCUGAUGGGCUACCAGUACCACCAGAAGCGGUGUGGGAAGCAGCUUGCCGAGGCCGACAAGCCUGUCUUCAGCUGUCCACACUGCGGCAAGAAGUACAAAUCCAAGGCCGGCCACGACUACCAUGUGCGGUCAGAACACACGGCCUCGGUGAGCCCCCUGGACGCCUCCGCAGCCCGAGGAGCGGGGCCAUCCCCCCCUGGGGGUGACUGCAGAGCUACAGAGCCUGUGGGCAGGACAGAGCCGGGCAGGGCCGGGCCGGGCAAGCCUCCGGAGGAGCCAGAGGUGAAGCAGGAGCCCGGCCCCAUAGAAGAUUUUGAAAGGACCCCAAGCGGCCGCAUCCGUCGGACGUCAGCCCAAGUAGCUGUCUUCCACCUUCAGGAGAUAGCGGAGGACGAACUCGCCAAGGAUUGGACCAAGCGGAGGAUGAAGGACGACCUGGUGCCUGAAACGAAGCGGCUCAAUUACACCCGACCAGGGCUUCCAAAGCUCAAUCCGAGGCUGCUGGAAAACUGGAAGAACGAAGUGAAGGAGAAGGGCCGCAUCAACUGUCCCAACAACUGCUGUGAAGCCAUUUACUCCAGCGUCUCGGGGCUGAAAGCUCACCUGGCCAACUGCAAUAAGGGGGACCAUUCAGUGGGCAAGUACCGCUGCCUCCUGUGCCAGAAGGAGUUCAGCUCUGAGAGCGGAGUCAAGUACCACAUCAUCAAGGCUCAUUCGGAGAACUGGUUCCGAACCUCCGCAGAGGCCAGCCGGAAAAAGAAAAGCAGGGAACAGCUUUCUUCCAGCAAAGAGGAGAAAAAGAAAAGCACAAGCGGGAAGAAAAGGGGGAGGAAACCCAAGGAGAGGCCUCCCGAAAUGUCCCCGAAGGGCAGAGAGAGCGUGGCAGCAAAGACUAAUCACAAGAAAACCCUCGAGCACUGGGAAGGCUCCAGAGGCAGCCCCGACGGGGACGAGCGUGUCCCCAAGCCCCCGAGCCAGCGGAAGGGGGGAGCCAGUAAGAUGCCCGAGAAAUGAGCAGCUCAGAGACUCGUCUCCGAGGAUUUGUUUACAGCCCAGGGUAACAGGGUGGGGGUCUCUCCCGGUUUUCUGUCCCCCUCAUCCCACCUCCCCCCCCACCCUCCACUCACCCCCUUUUUACAAAAAAAAAAAAAAAGGAAAAAAAAAAGAGACAGAAAAUACCAAUUAACCACUUUAAACAAGUCACGGACCUUGUUUCACACUGGAAAACAAAGAGGAUCAAGGAAGCUGGACCGUUCUCCACCCCCUGCCCAUGUACAUACCCCCCUGCCCGACGGGAACCUGCUGCCUUCCCCCUCCUCCCAUGACUUCCCUUUUUACUCCCUGCACCAAACUGGUGACGCUUGAGCGAAAGAAAAGUGCAAUAGCAGCAGGGUCCCCUUGGACAGGGUCUCUCUGCGGCUGUGUGCCGGGGCAGGGGGCUGCCCGUGGUGGUGCUGCCUGCUGCCUGCCCGUCCGGGCAGCCUCCGAUGGGCUCCAGCCUCCCGGUGCAGGCAGCGCCUGCAUCCCUGCUCCCAGGACGAUGUUUCCAAAGAUGUUUGACCCAUGCAAGUGGCCGGGCAGGGGCAAAGGGACAGCAGGGUCUGGCAGUGGAUACUGGGGGGUCCUGGUCACUCUCACCCCGCAGCCUCGGGCCGAGAGUGGAUGUGUUUUGGCAGGGACCGGCUCAGUGCAGGGGUUUGACUCGGCAGCGCGAGGCACAGGCAGAGGAACGAGCCGGGAGCGUGGCGGGGGUCCAGCAGAGCAUCAUCCCAAGACGGCAGGGCUGGCUGUGGCGGCGAGAUGGGGUGCGGGAGGUGUGAGCACCCCUGGAAGUCAAUGGGAGAGGGGGUUGCUGGAGGACUGGUCAGGUUGAAGGGUUUAACCGAAAGUUGCGGGAAUGCUGCGAGCACCGUGGAGCAUCACGGUAAGACCACGGAGGGGGUGCGAUGGGGGGGAGCUGCGCCCCGGUGCUCAGAUUGUCUUUGCAAGCGUAGCCGGACUCGGAGUGCUGCGGCGGCAAUGGCAAUGCCGCGACGGCAGCGCCGGCGUCAGGGUGAGCCGGCAGCCGUCGAGCUGCCUGACCGGCGUGGGGGGGGGGGGUCCAGCUAGAGGAAAAGGUGAUUCAGUGUCCCCAUCAUGCCCCAUCCCAAAGGUACCGAUCGCCCAGGAAGGAGGAAUGGGAUUUUGGUCACCCAGCUGCAGCCGUGGGAGGUGUGUAACGGGGACAGGGGGGCAGCAUCAAGUGACAAUCACGGGUCCUGCUUUUGGGCAUGUUGCACUCGCCUUGUCCCUCCGGGCUGGGACCCACUGUGGGGUGAAUCUCGGCUCCCCCGAGAUGCAUCCAAGCCCCCGACCAUCUUCCUCGGGGACAGGGAGUCCCCGCACGGCACGCUGUCCCUUGCUGGUUCUCUUUCCCUGGGCUUUUCUUUGCGUCCGUACUAAUAUCGUCGUAACACCUCGCUCCGGCCUGGAGGGAACCAUCCCCGGACCGGGAUGUGUCUGUCUCCAGACAAAAACCAGGCUACCUCGGUCCUUGGGAAACGGGCACGUUUUCUCUCGGUAACAGAACAGAAAACCUUAAUUUGAUUUUUUUCCCCUGUGCAGAGCCGGGAAGGUGGCGUCGGGGGGAGGAGAGCUUCUGCUUUUACUUUUAUCAAUUAAAACCUCAACCCUCCGUUUCCUUCGCUGCUCUUCACCGCCCACUGGAGGCUCAGUAUGGUUUCCCUGCUCCGAGGAGCCGCUCAGUAAUAAUUAACGUCCUUCUCCACUGGCAGGUUAUUACAGCCACGGAGGGAGGGAGGGGAUGGUAGUGUCUGAAGCCAGGGCAGCUUCUCGGGGGAGCCAGUGCUCCUGCUCCGACCGCGGCUCCCGGCAGCUGGAUGCCACCAUCUGCAUCUCCUGGCACGCUCAGCCGCAAACUGGGCACGUGCCUGCGGGCGAGGGAACCCGCCUGAGCGCUGCUGGUUGUGCCGGCCUUCGAAGCAAUUAGCGGAAAAGCUUAAUUAGUCACUGCGGCUCAGCCUGUUUGCCGCUUGCUCUUCAUCCGAUCUUUGUUUUGAUGGUGUGACCGGUACAAAUCCUGCCUCCCUGGGGAAGGGAGGAGAGCUUCAGGAGCCAUAGGGCCCACGCUCUCAGAGCCGUCUCGGUCUCUGUCACAACGGGGACGUGGGGACACUGUCCUGGGUGACGUUUUGCUGUGCUGAGCCUGACGGACGGCGGCGGCUGUCCGCAGAGCCCCGUGCUCGCUCGCCGAAGCAAUAACCACUGGAAGGGAUGGCGAGGAGGGACCCCAGCACCCGAGGAAGGUGCUCAGGCGGUGCUCGGGGGGCACGCCGUGGAUGUUGGGGGGGGGGGUAGGCAGCAGCAGGGGCCCCGGCACAGAGUUUGGCACUGAAAUCUCCGCAAAGGGGCAGAGGGAGCCACUGGAUCCCAAAAUCUUGUCCCACCAUGGGGCAAAGCCCCCGGCAAAGCUUCGUGCCCUGGCCUGGGGAGGGGGGACCCAGGUGGCCCAGGCUGCUGGUUUGGAUGUUCACCUUAUAAUCCCCACCGCCUCCCCUUGGGCAUAGCACAGGGCUCGAUUCUCAUUAACAUGUAAUUAAUUGGCUUCUCAUUGAUUAAAUUAACAGACAGUACUGUGGUCUGUGCUGAGGGUGAGGCCCGGUGCAGGAGCUCGGCUGGGAGCUGCUCAGGGCAGGGGAAGGGCUGGCUUGGGGGGGUCGUUGUGGGCUCCCGCUCGAAACCCAUCCCGCUGCUUCGGUAACGAGAGUGUCUGCAAACGAGCGUCCUGGGAGGAGCAAGGGGCAGGAGCAUGGACAGCCGCAGUGGCCUCGCAGGGGUGACACCGUCCCGGAGGGGACCCCAGGGACGGUCCGGGGGGUCUCGGGGCAGGCGAUGGGCUCAGGGCAGUGGGGACGGUGGUCCCGGUGCUGGGGCUGUCCCCUGUCACCCUCAGAGCUGGGAGAUGCUCCUCACAGCCCCCUGCGAAAGCAGCGCCUUGGUCAAAUGGAAAUUUUUAUGAGCAAGUCAAAUCUUCAGGGUUUUUUUUUUCCCCUUAAAAGGUGUUUUUCCCCCAGUAGUCAUGACUCAAGAGGAAUAUGUUCUCCCACCGCCGCCUUCUCCAUGAGACAUCCUUUAGUCUCUUGCUUGUCCAGGGAAGGCUCCGGAGCGAUACAGGGAAUACCGGCAGCUGCCUGCUCCGCGGCACGAGAGCUGGCAGGGAGGAGCCGCGGUGGCACCGAAGGAGCCCGGCGGGUUGUGCCCGGCGGGUCGUGCCCAUUGGGGUGCUCCCAGCCAGGCAGCAGCCGAAGGGAGAAACUCACCUUAAUCCGGAGGGGUAGGUGGCAGCUGCGGGGUGAGACGGGGGACGAGCACGUCCUCUCCCCUUCCGUCCCCUCACCCGCGGGGGUUUGGAGACCCUCGGGUCCGGCAGCGCGGGACCCCCCCCCCCGGGCCUGGCACCCCCCUGCCCUCUGUGCACCGGCCAGGGGCCUGAGCCACAGGGUCGUCCCCUGCGGCAGCGGGGAAUAACCUACAGUUAAUGUAAAGCCCCGCAAAGGGGAGAGGGGUGCUGGGGAGCGGCGGCACGGUGGUACCCCCGCGGUCCUGACCCGCUGCCCGGGGUGCUCGGGGGGUCGUUCACGGUAAGUAAAUGGGAGCGCGGGGGCUCAGGGCGCGGUGGGGGCUGCGUGGCGGCUCCUCCGGCUGCAUCCCCGAGUGGCACCAGCCUCUGCAGCACCCUGAGGACCCCGACACCGUGGCCCCAUGGCUCCCGCGCUUCCACUGCUGCAGAGACCCACCAUCCUGUCGCCCACAUCCACGAGGAAAGGGCUAGACCUCCGCGGGGUCGGGGACGGGGGGGCUGCGACCCCCCCAGGAAAACCCCGCGGAGCCGUCCUCGAAAGCUUCAAUUGCGGGGGGCUGCCGCGGGCGGGGAACCCUCGGCACCGACAUGGCGCACCGGCGAGUUCGGCUGUGCCACGCUGGCACAGCCACCCGCCCCGGAGCAAGGAGCGAGGGUCCGAGUCCAGCCACGGUGGAGCUGCCCUGGCCCGGAGCAUCGCUCACACCUGUGAACAUUGGGAGCGUUUUGUUCUUUUCUUUCUCUCCUCGUGACACCCAUCCCACGGCAUAUCCGAAUGUUUCUCGUCGAUGCCAGUUAUUAGUGCAUAAGUGUAUUUUGGGGAAAAAAAGAAAAUGGAAAAAAAAAAAAAAGAAUUUUCAAUUUAUCACUUGUAACCAUAUAUAUAAAUAUAUAAAUAUAUAUAUUAAAAAGUGUUUAUUUGCAAAAAAUAAAAUUGUUUUAACAGUAAACUAUCUUAUAAUAAACUCCCGAUUUGUGACGAUCUGUUCUUUUGUUAAUCAUUGACAAAUCCUCAGUUGGAGAGUACUGUAACAGCAGCUCUUAACAGCCGCGCCGCCGAGCACCGCGGAGGGGUAACUCGAUGUACUGUAUGUAUUAAAAACAGCUGUAUCGAAUAAAUGUUUAUUGAUUUUUUAUUA